UGACGUAGUUGGGUUGGUUAUGAUCCAGGUUGCCGGGGGUUGGGGGGUUGACGGGGAGGUUAUUGCAAGGCCGGUGGGUGCAAGUUUGGGAUUGCUGUUGGUUGUUGGCGGGGUAUCGAGAAGGCGUGCCGGGGGGGCUAUAGUGGGGAAGUGCGCUAGCGCUACGUUUGUGUUCCUGGUGCACACAACCUUAUUGAUCAGGUUAAUAGUCGUGGUAAGCUACACCGGCACCAGCGUUCUGUUUGCAGCGUUUCUGGCCGGCACGGUUAGUACGCAGUGAGAUGGGAAGCGCGACAGUGAAUGGACCACUGCCAAAGUCUACGAGAAGUACUACCAGAUUCCUGUAUAAAGGAUAUUGAAGUACUUCUUUUUCGCACCUACCCCCGCCCACCCUUCAUCCCUUCACCCUUCAUCCCUUCGCUUACCCUAGCCUCCAGAACAACAAUAGGCACCAAUAGGCUCCUCAAUCCCCAUAACUCAAAUAUUCUCUCGAUCUGCCACCUAGCGCGGGAUAGUCUACAGCCUCCUCGUAAUUCUAAGGAAACUAAUACAGGCCUCUAA